GAGAUGGAGAAAAUACGACUCACGCUAGAGCGUCCUAUGGGAUAGAAACAAGAAGAAAUUUCGCCCCUAUAUAUAGCCGGUGGGGGUUUCGAAAUAGUCAUAGUUCAAAUCUGCACUGCAUACAGUAGACAGUUCAAAUCCUUCAAAAUGAAAAUCUUCAUCGUUGCUCUGGCCCUCAUCGCCGUGGUUGCUGCCCAAGACGACAAGUACACCACCAAGUACGACAGCGUCGAUAUCGAUGAGAUCCUGAAGUCCGAACGCUUGUUCAAGAACUACUACGCCUGUCUUAUGGAUACCGGAGCUUGCACCCCAGAUGUCAAUGAACUGAAGCGUGUCCUGCCCGAUGCCCUGGAGAACAACUGUGCCAAGUGUAGCGAGAAGCAGCAGAACGACAGCACCAAGACCAUCAAGUACCUGACCGAGAACAAGCCAGAGGAAUGGAAGGCUCUGAAGGCCAAGUACGAUCCCGACAACAAGUAUGUCGAGAAGUACGUCGCCGAUGCCGACAAGGAAGGAAUCAAACUGUAAACUGCACAAGAUUCUGUGAUUAAGACUGAACUGGAAAAUCGACAAACCGCUGUGUUAAUUUUGAAGAUUGUUUUGAGAUCAAACCACCACGCUUGGAAUUUAAUGUAGUUCUGUUGAAUCCUCAGUGCAGAUGAACUUGCUGUGACAAUAAAUGGAUUUCAGUAACUAA